UGGCGCUCGUUGGUUGUUGAGAUCCCAUCGGCCAUUCAGUCAGUUAAGAUUGGACCGGCCAAGCGGACGGACGCGUGUUUCUUCUGGUCAAACGAACUACACCGUACGACGGCGUAUGUCCGGGAUUCAAGCAGUAGCAGCAACCUCCCGACCAGACGACACCAUCUUCCGAACGAUGGCGACUACAGCAGGAAUCUCCCUCACCACAUAAAUCAUCACGGUCGAGCUGGUCGCACCAGUAGAAGCAACUACAACAACAGCGGUGGCGCCACUAGCCUUGGCCGCAGCAGCAACGAUCUUGUCCGAAUAGGUACCAACUCUAAGCCAACAGAUCGAUAUGGAACCAGUAAAACUCAGUACAAGUACGAGCACGUUCAGACGGGGUCAGUAAUGCUACCGAAGGGAGGAAGAACGUUUCUUGAGCCGGACCAGAACAGGACCUUGGCAUACACCGCCAAACUGGACACCACGGUUUACCGCCAGAAACCGCACAUGCACAGGAAUCGGCAGCACCGGCAGCGGCACCUGGAUUGGUCAACGGCAGCCACAGGUCGGCGCUUCCACGACCCGAGCGUUAAAUCUACGGUUGUCAACGGGCUUUGCAUCAAGUGUCCCGCUGAGAAAACUGCAAUCGCACGCAAAGGUCUCGACGGAGUUCUGAUCGAGCCGCCGAUGUUGACAACGUGUCGCAAUCAGCCAAUCUCGCGUGACCUGUACGAGUUGGAAACGCUGUUCGGAACCAAGCUCAACUUUAUCCUGCCCCAUUCGAACGGCGGUGGCCCAUUUUCGUUCCUAGCCAAGAUUGUCAACAAGCGCAGUGGGAAGGUGGUCCAGACAUGCGACUUGCGAUACAAAGUGAUUGUUAAACAGUGCGGCAAGUACUACCCCAAGAACAAGGAUCUCAAGGUGGCAUGCGAUUUGGGCAACAUUUGGGGAUCUAGGUGCAACUUCCACUGCCGAAACGGUGGCUAUUUGAGCAGACAGAACGCGUUCGUCGAGUGCAGCGAAGAGCAGACCUGGCAAGGGGAGGAACCACACUGCAUGUAUAAUGAAGUUUCCGAUGACUACGCGUACGACAGCGACGCUCCGCCCACGUCGGACUGCACUUAUCUGAUCCCGCCCAACAACGGUCGGUUCGCGUGCGAGAUGAACCCCUCCGCGGUCAGCUCCAACGAUCUCUACGUCCCCAAUGGGACCGUCUGUCGGAUCAAGUGCAACGAACACUUCGAGAUUCCCGUCCAGCUGCAGGCGGCAUCGGUCUUCCACUGCGAGGAAGGCCGUUGGAACUCCACGAUGAAGCACUUCUGCCACAAACCGGGCGCCGUUGGUAUGCAUCGAAAACGAAGUUACGGUUAGUCGCUCACCCAGUUCCAGUUGAUGGCGACAGUGUAGUUUCUAAGAUUGUAUUACAGCUAGAUAAAACCGCUUGAUUUAUUGCUUUGUAACGGGCGCGAACUUGAAUGUGAUUUUGUGUUUCGAGAAAGGAAAUGACAUUCUUUCCCUGCAUGCCGUGUAAGGAUGGGAAGAAGUAAAAGAAAAACUAGGAAUCCUCCGACAGAUUUGCGUUGUUUAAGUUUGUAACGUGGACGAUUUAUGUAGAUGUUGGUGCAUGACCUCUGCUUCUGGAAUGGUAAGCAGAAUUGGUACAACAAUGAUUUACGAAAACGAAGCUUCCCUAAACAUGUUGAGAUUUGAUGUGUGUAUUAAGUAUCAAAUUAUCUGUUUCGAAAAUUAAACAUAAUUGUAUUGUUAAUUGUAGUGAUUUUUAAAUAUAAAGAUUCUGAUUGGGAUACGAAAUUAAUAAGAAAUUUGAUACUCACAA